AUGCUAGACCUAAGUAAGAUAAAAACUUUCUUAGCAAAUGGAUGCCAACUUAGAAGCCCUAGCUCCCUAGACAUACACUUCUUAAGGGGAUACAAGUGGAAUACUCUACUUAGUUAUAAUGCGGCAACGCAGAAGUUCAUGAAGUACAAAAUCGCAGUCAAAGAAACGCCGUUCACCCUUCCCAUAUCAGCCGGAGAUCUCUACGGAUUUUGCCAUUGGGCAGGAAAGAACGUCGAUGAAUCUGACCCUCAAGACAUAUGCGCCAAAACCUUAGCGAAAUACCUCUACGGGAUUCAAGCCUGGCACCUAUAUCACUCAGUCGAAUACCCAGCAGAAUCCAAGGCUAAGAUAACCGUCCUCCUCCGCGCUUCUGCACACGCCGACGCCGAGCGGCCUCCCAGACCAGUAAAAACUCCUGUAACCGUGGCGCAACUGGUGGCACUCACCGAUCAAUUGGUGGCCAGCGACAACCAAGGGAAAGCAGUCUUGGAUUUAGCCAUUGUGGCCUUCUGGGGGAUGGCGCGGCUAGCUGAGGUCACUUACGAUCAAGCAACAGGCCCACUUCAAAGGACUGCCUCACUACUGACCUCGGACGUACGUUUCAUCGAAACUCAAAGCGGCGUCAUCGCGGAAUUAACAAUCAGAGGGGCAAAGACUUGUACGCCGGGGAGUUCGCAGAAGAUUUUACUCCACAGUCUUAAGCAUAUGUUAUGCCCAGUCAUGGCGGUGAAGCGAAGGCUGGGAGAGGCGAGAAACGAAGACACCUCUCUAUUCGGAUACGGCUACGGUAUCCGCGGAAGGACUCACCUCACCAAGUCAGUAGUAAGGAGAGUGUUAUCGUCUUCUUGGAAUCGGCUAGGCUUUCCAGAUUUGACGGGACAUUCUUUCCGAGUCGGGGGCGCUUCCUUGCGUCACGCAAUAGGGGUCCCUGUAGAAGAAAUCUGCAGGCUUGGAAGGUGGACCAGUAGCUGCUAUAAGUUGUACAUCCGUCCAUUUCCAGAAAAGGACGUUGUUUCCACCUUAAAACUGUUGAAGGAAUUAGAGAUAACUGCGGGUGAGGGACCCAGGAGGAUCGCCGAGCUGGGCUCCGAGUACAAUAGCUCGGAGAAAUGGGUCGAGCUUCGGCUCUACUCAACCGGAUCUUCGGAUGCCUGGCGGUACUUCCGGGCCGGAGCCUAUGAGAAGCGCCACGCCGGUCGUGUGCUAUUAGCCACAACCUAG